UUUUAGAAUAAUAUUCAAUUCUAUCUCAUCUGGGGUCUACAAAUUGUUCAUUCUGUUUGAAUGUUCACAAUGAUGGAAUAUUAAAUCAUUGACCGGGUAUUUACAAAGCAUACACCGCGUCAAGUUUGUUAAGUUUACUACUUAAGAAUUAACAAGGAUACAAAUGUACAUUUAACAUUUAACAUGAAGUGCAUUUAAACUUGGUACCAUUAUGUAUUAAUUUGUAAAGAAAGUUCUUUUAAGUAAAAUUGCAUUAACUAAUAAACACAACUGGAUAAGUUGAACAUGAAAUGACAAUCUAAAUAUGUCGGACACACUGACAGAAGACCAAAUACAUGAGUUCCGCGAGGCGUUCAGCCUGUUUGACAAGGACGGAGAUGGCAUGAUCACCACACAGGAGUUGGGCAUAGUGAUGAAGUCCCUGGGUCAGAAGCCCACAGACAACGACCUCAAAGACAUGAUCAAUGAGGUGGACAUUGAUGGCAAUGGAACGAUUGACUUCGCAGAGUUUCUGACAAUGAUGGCUAAUAAGAUGAAGGACGGCGACCAGGAGGAGGAGCUACGAGAGGCCUUUAGGGUAUUCGACAAGGACGGCAACGGCCAAAUAUCAGCGGCGGAGUUACGUCACGUGAUGGCUAAUCUCGGGGAGAAACUCACGGACGAGGAGGUGGACGAGAUGAUAAAAGAGGCGGACAUGGACGGUGAUGGCCAGGUCAACUAUGAAGAGUUCGUGUACAUGAUGCAGUCAAAUAAAUGAGGGAACAUGUGAAAAUCUUCACUACCAUUCGGUUGGAGGAUUAAUGAUUUAAUUGAUUGGUGUGUUGUUAGACGUUGUUGUUAUGUCAUAUGUAUAAAAUACAUCUUAUCCAUGUGUAAAUAGGCAAAUGCCAAAUGUUUGCAAUGGAUAUGUUGAAUCAUUGUAUUUUUAUAACAUUAUUAUGUGAAUGUGUAUUUUAAGUAUGUAGUUCUAUUUUGAAAGUGUAAAUAUACAAAUAAAUUCCAUAUUUCAUAUCUAAAUUGAAGGUUAUAUAAGCUCUAUCAAUAUUUGUUUUUGUAAAAAGAGUGUUUACACAAACAAUGAUUCUAUUACAAGUAUUUGGAAAAAGAAACUCGAAGUGUAUUUGAAAACACACAUGUUACAACUUCUACUUUUCACUAUUCUAUCACUGAUAUAACAUUUCCAACUAUUCCAACUACCACAUCAACGACCGCCACUGUCACUGCCAUAACCACUACUACUACUACUACUACUACCACCUCUACUUUACCGACGCUACUGCAAGAACAACAACAACAACAACAACAACAACAACAACAACAACAACAACAAUUACUACUACUACUCUUACUACAACUAUUACUACUUCUACUACUACAACAACACCUACUACUACUACUGCUUCUGCUACUGCUACUGCUUCUGCUGCUGCUGCUCCUGCUUCUAUUACUGCUACUACUACUGCUACUACUACUACUACUAC